AUGGUAAUGAAAUAUGGAGUUCCUGCUUCAAAGUUAAUUUAUAGUAAUUCGGUAAAAGAAGAAAAAGAUAUCUAAUUUGCUAAAAAUAAUGGAGUCUUAAUAACAAAUGCAGACUCAAUUGAAGAAUUAAUAAAGAUACAAAAAAUAGCACCAGAAAUGAAGAUACUAUGGAGAUUAUCUAUUGUUGAAGAGAACCCAGAUUAAAUGGCGACCCUGUUUUCUGGAAAAUUUGGGGAUGAUUUGACAGAUUCAGAAUCUGCUCACAAAAGAUUUAAGUAAAUUCAACAAAUGGGAAUUUAAUUGCAUGGUAUUCAUUUUCAUUGUGGAAGUGCUGUUUAAGGUUCAUCAUCUUUUGGAAAAGUAAUUAAUUUAAAGAUAUAUAGGCUGUUGAUAUGGCCUAAGAAUGCAUGAAAAUUGGAAGAUUGUAUGGACAUAAGAUGGAAUUAUUGGAUAUAGGAGGUGGAUUUCCUUCUGGUAAUAUUCAUGAAAAUGCAAUAAACGCAUUGAAAAAAAUUGAAAAUGACCCUUUAGGAUAUUAGGUAAUUGCUGAACCAGGGAGACAUUUCAGUGCUAAUACAUGUUCUCUUUUAUUUAGAAUAAUGACUAAAAGAAUUAAGCAUGAUAGAUUGUGUUAUCAUGUUAAUGAAUCACUUUAUCACUCUUUUAAUUGUAUACUUAUGGAUGGUAUCUCCUUUGAAAAUUAAAAUGAUCAAUUUUAUGGUGUUCUUAAUUCUGAUGAAUCCUAAAAUUCUUAUAUUUCAGAUUAAUCUAACGUCUCUAUUUUUGGUAUGACAUGUGAUGGUGCUGAUAUUAUUGUGAAGAAUAUUACUGCUCCAAUAGAUAUGUAGGUUGGAGAUUGGUUAUGUAUGUAAGGGAUGGGGAGCUACACCAUAGGAUAGAAAUCUACAUUCAAUGGAAUGUAAUCAACAUCAAAAAUUUAUAAAUGGGAUGGAUAACUUGAAUAAUAAAGUCAAGAAUCAUCCUAGAUUUCUAUCAGCUAACUUUUUUGA